UCAAAUGACGUGAGCUUUUCUGCAGGUGCAAGACGAACUGCUGCAUUAGUGCAAUAGAGGCUCCAACCAAAAUUGGUUUUAACGAUCAGGAAGUGGGAGCCUACAUCUUUUCAGUGGAAGACUGUCCAUUGUUACCUGCUGCACCUUAUACUAAUACUGACUUCAGAAAUAAACAUAUGGCUUCAGCUACAGAUGCCCGCUAUGGACAGAAAGAAUCGUCUGACCAGAACUUUGACUACAUGUUCAAGAUCCUCAUAAUUGGCAACAGCAGCGUGGGCAAGACCAGCUUUCUGUUCCGCUACGCUGAUGACUCCUUUACACCAGCUUUUGUCAGCACUGUAGGAAUCGACUUCAAGGUGAAGACCAUCUACAGGAAUGACAAAAGGAUCAAGCUACAGAUUUGGGAUACUGCUGGUCAGGAGCGAUACAGGACAAUCACCACUGCCUACUACAGAGGAGCCAUGGGCUUCAUCCUCAUGUAUGACAUCACCAAUGAGGAGUCCUUCAACGCUGUGCAGGAUUGGUCCACACAGAUUAAGACCUACUCCUGGGACAAUGCACAGGUGCUGCUGGUGGGCAAUAAAUGCGAUAUGGAGGACGAGAGGGUGGUGGCAUCAGAAAGGGGCAGACAGCUGUCAGAACACCUGGGCUUUGAGUUCUUUGAGGCCAGUGCCAAAGACAACAUCAACGUGAAGCAGACCUUUGAGCGUCUGGUGGAUAUAAUAUGUGAGAAGAUGUCUGAGAGCUUGGACGCAGCUGAUCCGGCCGUCACUGGGGCCAAACAAGGGCCACAGCUCACUGAGCAACCUGCAGCCUCUCACCAAGACUGCGCGUGCUAGAGGUCUCUUGUGCACCCCACCCUCAGGCACCCCACUACCCUCACUGUCUGACCCCACUGCUUACACCACCAGAAACUCGAGGAUGGGUCACACAGGCUCCCUUCCAUGAUCAAAGUCCUACAGUGUCUUCUGGCUUUGCCCUCUUUCACAUAACAGAAGGGAGGAAAGCUAGUCUUAAAGCUCCAGGAAACUUCUUUUUCCAAGGCCUGCUCAAAAUCCUGAAACCCUUUUUUGUAGUUUAGCUUUUAUCCAGUUUACCAUGUCUUUGUAUCAGCAUUUGUUAGGUGCUGGAAUUGCCAUAUCAAGUCUCUCUAGAAAAAACACAACAGGCAAGCUAUUUGGAAAGAGAUCAUUGGUUUUUUAAGUUUUAGACAAAACCCAGAGGACACUGUACACCUGAAUAUGUGUGACUUUAAUUCCCCUUAGUCUAAAGUACUACACUCUGUAUAUAUUAUUCUAGUGUACCAUUAUUUUGACUUGUCUUCAGCUCCCAAUAUUUAAUAUAUAUUUUUGCGUUUUUUUCCUUUAUAACUUAUUUGAAACUGCUUCUGCUAUGUUCUGUAAACAGUAGUAUAAAGAUUUCCUUUUUGUGGUUUUAUUGUGUAUAUAAAGAAAGAGCAUUAUAUAUCUAUAGAUAUACAUUUUUGAAAAUUAAUCAGGAAAUAUUAAGAUUAGUUAAAAAGAAAUAUACUAUAUGGAAAGCAUAUGUUGUAGAUUCCAUUACAUAGUGAAUAUGCUCUCAUCGUUUAAACCUGGAUUCUGUGGCUGACUAAAGUUUGUUGUGCAGUUAGAAUAUGAUAUUCAGUUGCCUGUUUAAACAACACUGUACAGGACAGUGAAAAAUUAUGAAACCAUCAUUUAUAUACAUUAAUCAUGAGUAUUACAAAAGUUUCAGACAUGAACAGGGGAGGCAUUAACACAUUAAAGUACAGUUUGGCAUGGGAAGAUGUCAGGUUAUUAGAGCACAUGCAGAAUUUAAGGUCUGCCUUGAUUACCAGUACUGUUUUUCUUACUGAGGUCAAUUUAUUUUGUUCCAUUUUAGCUUUCUUCCCAUAAGAAAAUUACUGUAUGUUGUUAUAAGCAUAGAGCAACUCAAAAUGACCCUAGUUAAAAUUAAUCUCCCAAAUAUAACAGAGUGCUUUGAACUGGGCAACACUGAAAGGAAUGACAGGGACUAUUCUGAGAAUCACGAGAAGACUGUUAGGUAACCUUUGUAGAACUCAGGCAAGCACACAUAGUUAUACAUUCAUAAAUAUACAUUUAUUUAAAGUAUUUUAUGUUGUGUUCUGUGACUAGAGAGCUCUCAUAUUAUUGGCCUCUGACUAACAGUCCAGUGUUGUCAAUACUUUCAAGACCCAAGUGCUCAUUCUGUCAGUAAAGGUAGAAGGUUCUGUGGCUCUCUUUGGUUGCAUUCCUUUAUUUCCUGUAAUAAAGGAACAAACUGCUACAGUUUUUUUUCUGAUUUUAGCAUUUGAUUGCAGAAACUUUGUUCUGCAUGUUUGUGAAGACAAGGGAUUCUCAGACAGUGAGCUUCUUUGGCUUUGGUUAGAUUGCUUUGGCACAAGAGCAUCCUGCCUCUAGGUGUUGUCAGUGACUGAAAAACGUAAGUCCCUUCAAUAUCUUUUAUGGUAUUAAAGCAUUGAGAAUCUACUGUUCUGACACUGUUUUUCAGUAAGUCGUAUCACAUUUGGUACUUUGCAUUACAGUGCUUGCAAUCUAGGCAAUUCCAAAUUCUAAGACUGUGACCAGAUUGUUGGGCAAAUUAAUAAUUAGUAUCCAAGCAAUAAACAAUGACUGUUAGCUCUUUCUUUCUACACCCCAGGCUUCUACACACUUAGACUCCCCAGGGAAGAAGUUGUGUUGGUAGACCUAAAUAAUAGUUGGUUUGUAGCCAUUUGUUGUCUUUUGUUUUAUUUAUUCGUUCUAUAUUUGUGCAUGUCUUGACGUUAAUCUAGGUGGAACAUCGGCUGAGACAUGGCAAAAGGCCUGUGAUGUGACCACGUGCCAAUCUGGGUUGUUCCCUGCUGCUGACGUGCAUAGUUUUAACAUGAACUACCGUGCGUAAUUUCAACAGGAACUAGACCAAAAUCUGCUGGUUUACAAAUGGCUUUCCGUAAUCUCAAAAAACUUGGUUACUGUACGGCUGUAUUAGUGCAUGUCAUGAAUGCUAACUGCCAACAAACCCUGUCCCUCUCCCUAGGUUGCCUGUUAAAAUUGUUUUUGUAAGAAUCUUUGAUGACACGCUUGUGAUGCAUCACACUGCUGGAGCUGAGGUCACCGAUACCGUAAUGGAACUGUAUUAACAUGACCGUGGUCUAAAGAAGCUUCUCUGAGCUGCAGUUGGGGCUCACCUUUAUGAGCAGAAUUGAGAGUUCAAGAAUUAUUUUUGUUACAUGUGUCCUCUAUGGUUGCCGUCUCAAUGGUCUUUCUGUAGGAUUUGUUCAGCUAGAGCUGUUCAGUUCAGGGGCAAAGUAAGAUUGUACCCAUGUCUUCAGCAAAUGU